GGCGCACCUGCCUCCUGCGCCCUGGGCGCAUCGCAGGGUGCCCGCGCUCGCCUCUCCAAGCCCCCCCGUCUCCACCCAGGCGCCCGGGGAGGGGGGGGGGCGAGCCCACUGUCUCCGAGCGGAGGCUUGUUGCAGUAUUAAAAUAAUAACGCGAGAGUUGCAAGUUGCUUCCCUCUUCCCCGACCGUAAAACUGUCAAAGGUAGCCGGGAAGGGGGGCGCGGGGGAUCGCGCACGAGCCAGCGGCGCCUCGCCCGCUCCAAGCGCGCGUGUGUGUGUGCGUGCGGGGGCCCUGGAGAGCUCGCCACAAGCACCGAGAGAUGGCAGAUCCAUAUUCCUUCAGAGGUGGAAGGAGAGCUGCAGGGUCCAGCAAAACCAGCGCAAGCAAAGAAGGCAACAGGACAGAGAUGAGGGUAAAUCCGACCCCUGAGCCCCCCAAGCUGGGAAAUGCAACCAGCGACAAAACAGAAGGCAAGAAGAAAGGGAGACCUAAGGCAGAAAACCAGGUGCUGAAAGACAUUCCUCUGCCCCUGAUGAACCAGUGGAAAGAUGAGUUCAAGGCCCAUUCCAGGGUGAAGUGCCCCAAUUCAGGCUGCUGGCUGGAGUUCCCCAGUAUUUACGGCCUGAAGUACCAUUAUCAGCGCUGCCAAGGGGGGGCGAUCUCGGAGAAGCUGACUUACCCUUGCUCUUACUGCGAAGCUGCCUUCACAUCCAAAACCCAGCUGGAAAAGCACAGGCUCUGGAACCACUUGGAUAGGCCGGUACCAGCUAGCAAAGCAGAAAACAAAGUGCAGAAAGCCGUUGGCAAGGCCAGUGGCAAGAAAAGAGCUGCUGAGAGUUCAGAUUCCCCCACCAUCCAUCCCAAACAGGCCAAGGUGGAGAAGACUGUGGUCCCCGAGAAUGGAGAGUGCCUGGUGGAGAGCAGGAAGAACAAAGUAUUUCAGAUCACGGCAGCGGAGGCCGUAGCAGCGGCUACCCCGACGGCUAAGUCUUCGAGCUGCAAGGAUCCCAAACAGCAAGGGGGCACGCAGGCUUCCCUCCAGGAGGAGGACCCAGAGAGGAUGAAGCACAGAAGGAAACAGAAAACUCCUAAGAAAUUUACCGGGGAGCAACCGUCCAUCUCGGGGACGUUUGGAUUGAAAGGCCUGGCAAAAGCAGAGGACAAGGCAAAGGCGCAUCGAGCCAAGAAACUGGAGGGGACCUGCAGCAUGGAUGAGCUGAAAAAGAAGCCUCCAGGAGCUGGUGUGAAAAGGGAGGCCGUGGCGCAUUUAUCCUCAGCAAACCCAGAGGACCAAUGGCAGCGGGAGAUCAAUGAGAAAGGAGAAGUUGCCUGCCCUACGUGUGGCGUUAUAACCAGGAAAACCAUUGUUGGGCUCAAAAAGCACAUGGACGUCUGUCAAAAACUGCAGGAUGCUUUGAAAUGUCAACACUGCAAAAAGCAGUUCAAGUCCAAAGCCGGGCUCAACUAUCACACCAUGGCUGAGCAUGUCAACAAGCCUGGUCCUGUGGAAACCGCUGGAGUUGGUGAACAGGAAGAGCGGGAAAGGCUGAGGAAAGUGCUAAAGCAGAUGGGGAAACUGAAAUGCCCCAACGAGGGUUGCACAGCCAACUUUUCCAGUCUGAUGGGGUACCAGUACCACCAGAAACGGUGUGGGAAGCAGCCCUCCGAAGUGGAGAAGCCCAUAUUCACCUGCCCACAUUGCAGGAAGAAGUAUAAAUCCAAGGCGGGACAUGACUACCACGUGCGGUCGGAGCACACUUCUUCGCCUCCCGAGGAGCCAAAGGUGAAGCCAGAGGCCAGCCCAGUAGAAGAUUUUGAAAGGACUCCUAGUGGUAGAAUCCGGCGCACAUCAGCCCAAGUAGCGGUCUUCCACCUGCAGGAGAUAGCUGAGGACGAACUGGCCAAGGACUGGACCAAACGAAGGAUGAAGGACGACCUGGUACCUGAAACUAAGCGACUAAAUUACACCCGGCCGGGGCUUCCGAAGUUAAAUCCGAGGCUGUUGGAAACCUGGAAAAAUGAAGUGAAGGAGAAAGGACACAUCAACUGCCCCAAUAACAGCUGUGAAGCCAUCUACUCCAGCGUUUCUGGCCUGAAAGCCCACCUGACUAACUGCAACAAGGGAGACCACUCGGUUGGGAAGUACCGGUGCCUUCUCUGCCAGAAGGAGUUUAGCUCAGAAAGUGGAGUCAAGUACCAUAUCCUCAAGGCUCACUCAGAGAACUGGUUCCGAACCUCUUCAGAGGCGGCCCGGAAGAAAAAGAACAGGGACCAGAUUUCCUCCAACCAGGAGGAGAAAAAGAAAAGCACAACUGGGAAGAAAAGGGGGAGGAAACCCAAGGAAAGGCCCCCAGAAAUGUCUCCGAAAGGCAAAGAGAGCUCGGCAGCAAAGACUAAUCAUAAGAAAGCCACAGAGCCCUGGGAAGGAUCCAACUGCAGCCCCGAAGGGAGAGAGAGAGGCACCAAGCUACCCACCAACAGGAAAGGGGGAGCCAGUAAGAUGCCUGAGAAAUAAGGGGUUCAGAGACUCUCUGAGGAUUAGUUUACAGGCCAGGGUAACGGGGUGGGGCCCCUCCCGGUUUUCUCUCCCCCGCCCCCUGCUCAUCCGUUUGUUUUUUUUUUAAAAAAAACAACAACAAAAAACCACUUUAAAAUCAUGGACCUUGUUUCACACUGGAAAAAAAGAAAAGACUGCGACCCUCCAUCCGUCACUCCCGUGCGCACGCCCGUACCCCUCGACUCCCCUCCACACACACGCGUGUGCACUUGUGCAUACACACGGGCUGCACAGCUCUUCCACUGACGGGUCACGUAAUGCAGCCAAACCUCUGCAAAGCGGGGACCCCCCUGCUGACCGUUCCCUUCAAAUUCUGUGCGCUGAACUGGUGAUGCUUGAGCAAGAGGAAAGUGCAAUAGAGGCGGAGCGUAAAGGCGUUUUAUUUGGGAUUGCUUGUCGGAUUACCGUGCCAGCAUAGGAACCUGAUUGGUUUCUUUUUGGGUGGGGCAGGGGAGGGAGGAAAAUGAUCUUUUAGACACCGUCUGUACCACGCCCACAAACGGUGCGACAGCCUGUGGCUUGUUAGUUGCGAUGACCUAAGGGCGGAGUUGAAGAGGUGUCUCCAGUGACUAGGCUUCGCCUACCCGUUGCAGUGGCUGGUGAGGCUUAGAAAAUGCCAGUCCCGAAGCCAGAUGCAGAACAUGGUUAUAGCCAGAAUCCAAAGCAUAGCGCCCUUAGGAAAGAUUUUGGGUUUGUAAGGCAAGCUGGUGCCCCGUGGUACCCACAGUUAGUCCACUUGGUUUCUAUGAAUGAUGCUCGUGCUGUAGCUCGGAAGCCCGCCUGUCGAUUUCAAAAGAUGUCGUGGGUCCGAGCGUUUAACCCAUGGUCUGUUGGUUUCAUGGCCUGGCCGGUGUAUUGGGCGUGGUUUCUUCUCCGCCGUCAGGGUAAGCAGGUGUGGUGACCAUACGUAGCGGUGCGUUCGCCGUAGCACAAGGAGUUUGUCUGUUUUGGCCGUUGUCGUUCACAAGCAGCAAAGAAUGCUCAGCGAGGCCAGAAACAUGCCUGUGGGGCAUGAGAAAAAGAUCAUGACUGUCACUUGUGACUCCAGCGAAAGUCCACUGGAGCAGCAGGUUCUCAGCACCUUUGGAAAUCAGGCUUAAUGAAACCAGUCCCAAGGAAGAGUUUUUUAUUGGGGGAGGGGGGGAAUUUGUUUUAUUUUUUUAACUGAAAGCUGGGCAGUUGCAAAAUUAUCUGAGCUCCGUUGCCAGAUUGAUGGGGAGAAAAACCCUCUGGAUUUUGAGAGAACUUUUCCAGACUUUUUUAAAAAAUGUACAUCAAUAUCAAAUACUGUAUCAAAUUGAUACUGAGCUAUUGGUACAAAUAGCCCGUUAGCAACAGAGCUGGGUGACUGCUGCAGAAAAUAUGCAUGGGCAUUUCUUUGAAUUCCCCCUUUCUGUGCUCGCUUUCUGCUGGCAGGAAUGUUCACUACAAGAGCAAACGCUGUGGAGGGUUGGCAGAAAGAGACUUUCAAAUUCGUGAUGAUGAGCCAUCACCCCGGACAGCUGAUUCUAAGAGUGAGGCUCAUUCAAUCAGGGGUCAGAAACAAACCACGUGACCUAUCUGUCCAAUCCAGU